AUGUUGGCUCGAACUUUGGCCGUCUGGAGCUGGAUUGGCCUUCUGGCUGGAGUCAGUUGUGUGCUAGACGGGGACCCGGUGGACUGGAGUAGACAUGGCUAUUUGGUGAAGGUAUGUUUGUCAGCCCUGCUGCGAAAAGUGUUGCAAGUGUUAGGCAGUAAUUCAUAAUGUUCUAGAUUGUCGCCAAGCUUCCAGACAAAAGUGUCAAACUGUGCACUGGCGCCCUGAUUUCGGGCAGUUUGGUUUUGACAUCCGCUGAUUGCGUUGUGGACAGUGAGACAAGCAAAGAGUGAGACGAUUUGAAAGCAUUCUGCAACUGGUUCAAACCACUAAUUUUUCCCUUUUAGCCUUGAGGAAUUCGCCGUCAUAACCUUAAUCAAGAAACAUAAACGGCGUCUCUAUGGAUUGUUGGUCGAGAAGACUGAGAAAUGGGCGGUACUUCGGAUUGACACCGUGCCGACUGAUAAGGUUUGUGAAAGAUGAAGAUGUAAAGAUUCGUCAAGAGUUCAAAAUAAUGUUAUUCGAAAUUUUUAGUUGUGUCCGCCAGCUCCGCAGCCUCCACGUGUCCUCCGUUUAAACCAGAAGCCAUCCUUGAAGAGCUCUUCCACAUUCUAUGUCCCAAUCUCUCAGAUUUUGAAGAGCAAAUGUUACCUUCUCGGAUUCAAGACUGAGGAUGAUGGUGGGUAUUUCCAUUUCAAUGAAUCGCAAAACCUCUUGUUACUAAUUUCAGCCUCCAACUUCUAUCGCCAAAAACAAGUCUACCGUUUGGAUUUGUACCAAUUGAUGGAACCGAGAAGUGGCGAUAUUUUCUAUCGGAGUCUUGUCAAAGAAAACUAUACGGCUUGCUUUGUAAGUCUCUUCUCCCAAUUUUUAUUCAACAGCCUACGUUUUAUUUGCCUGGUACUUUCGCCGUUUAGGAAGACACUGGCGCGCCUUUGAUUUGCAACACCCCAGAAAGUGGCACCCUUCUUGUGGGGUACUUCCAAAGUCUAGGCCGCCCAAUCUCACCCGAUGCCGCCGAGUUAACAACCCCGAUUAGCACUCUCGAGGAAGCUUGCAGUGGGGCUUAUGAAAUGAACUUCGACUUGGUGAGCGACGACGAGCGUCUUGUGAAGCUGAUCGAAAAGGAGGACUUGGGACCAUUCGUCGAUAUUUAUCACAAAUGCGGAUUUGUUAAUUCCGAGUCCAGUUGA